AUGAGCAACCCACAAGAAACAAACCCCUCGUUCGUCCUUCGAGCGGUUAAGGAUGUCGUUUUCGAGGACCGUCCAAUUCCGGCUUUGAAAGAUCCAUGGGAUGUGCGAGUCCAGAUUGCACAGACUGGAAUUUGUGGAAGUGAUGUGCACUAUUGGCAGCGAGGACGGAUUGGAGACUUCGUCCUUCACUCUCCGAUUGUUCUCGGCCACGAAAGCUCGGGUACAGUGGUGGAGAUUGGGCCGUCAGUAAAGAACCUCAAGAUCGGAGAUCGAGUCGCGAUUGAGCCAGGCGUCCCAUGCAGACACUGUGAAUAUUGUCGGAGUGGCUCGUACAAUCUGUGCCCAGACACGGUCUUUGCAGCAACUCCACCCCACGAUGGAACCCUCUCCAGAUACUACAUCACUCAGGCUGACUUCUGCUAUCCGCUGGCAUCACACAUGGACCUUGAAGAGGGAGCACUGGUUGAGCCAGUCGCAGUUGCAGUACAGAUUACCAAAGCUGGGAACGUCAGACCCAAUCAGACAGUCGUCGUGUUUGGGUGCGGGCCUAUCGGUCUGCUCUGUCAAGCAGUGAGCAAGGCAUACUCGGCUCGGAAAGUGAUUGGUGUGGAUAUCAGUCAGUCGCGUGUGGAAUUCGCACGCACAUUUGGUGCCGACGACGUCUUUGUGCCCCCAUCUAAGCCAGCAGACAAGGACAGUUGUGCUUGGAGCGAGGAGCUGGCUCGGAUCAUGAAAGAGAAAUUUGAUCUGGGUGAAGGCCCAGACGUAGUGCUUGAAGCCACUGGAGCAGAGGCCUGCAUCCAAACAGGAGUGCACCUUACUAAAAAGGGAGGCACCUACGUGCAAGCUGGAAUGGGAAAAGAGAAUGUCGUCUUCCCCAUCACCACUGCCUGCAUUCGCGACUUGACCAUCAGAGGUUCGAUCAGGUACACCGUUGGAUGCUAUUCGACAGCUGUCGAUCUCAUCUCCAGUGGCAAGAUUGAUGUGAAGCGACUUAUCACUAAUAGAUACAAGUUCCAGCAGGCCGAAGAUGCCUUUGAGCUAGUGCGGCAGGGUAAGGAGAGUGUGAUCAAAGUUAUCAUUGAAGGAGUGACUGCAUGA